AUGGUCAAGUCUUUUGAUUUGACAAGGAACGCCACAGCCGUCGGCUUCUGGAGCAUAAUGGAGAGUAGCCUUGCUGUAACGAUAGCCUGUCUGCCGGCGCUCAACCGUUCAAUUGUAACGUUCUGCAGGUGUUUUCACGGCCGCAGGAGCGAACAAGGGAGCACGCAAAGAAUUCGGAACAAACAUGGGAUUAUCAAGUUUGAUGGGAAAAUCUACAAGGGACAUGCGAAAUAUAUUAGUUACUCCGCCGCAGCAACGGCACAGGGCGGCACGGUGCGCAGUUAUGUGGAGAUACCCGACACAAGGACCGAAUCUGACGAACGACUCGAUAAUACUACUGUCUUUGAUGGGAAGGGGCCGGACUCAUAUCCAGACAUCACUGUAGAAAGAACUUUCCAAGUGAUAGAGGAGCGAGCUUCUGUGAUAGAUCAUCAACUCGAGGCCCAGCGAGCAGGGUCCUCUCUCGCACACCCCAUGAAAGCUCGGUUCUUCUCAGGCUAUAGGCGGUCGUCACCAUCCGAUUUAGAUGAGAAUGAAAUGGUUAUUAUUAAAAAGUAA